AUAGAUAAAUUAUAGGUUGAUUUGGUAAAUUGUGAUUUUAUAUAAAGUAAAACAUUAAAAGUCAGUAUUUAAGUACUAAAACAUCAAUAGAGAAGCAGGGAAGUGAAAUUGAGAGCAAGUUCGGAACAAGGGGCAGAUAAACGUUCAAAUUAUUGAUUAAUAGUUUCACUUUUUAAUAUUUCACGUAGAUAUCAUACUAUGUAGCAAUGUUUAAUUAUACAAAAUAAAUGUGAUAUUUGACGAAGUUUUUAUAAGUCGGAAAUUGAACUACGUCUAGAUCUGCGGCAUAAAUGAAGCACUGUAAAGGGGGUUAUACAUUUCGGUAUAAUAAGGUUUUAUAUAAAUAUUUUAUUGGAAAUAAUGCGUUAACAUACAAAUUAUAACUCAAAGAAAGGUUAUACGUACGAUUUGAUGGAAUAUUGAAGUUUAUUUUCGAAAUUUUGUUAAAAUUUUAACUCACCACGACACAGCACAGCACUGACGACAUGCCGCCAUGUUGAAUGUCAACAUGCUGGAGAAAAACAAAAACCGUCAAAAGAGUUUCGACUUUUAAUUGUGACAGUCAAGAAGGUUCUCUAUGUGCACAGCACUGUUUAAAUUCGUUGUUACAAGGGCCCUAUUUUACUGCCGUUGAUUUAAGUACUUUAGCACAAAAAUUAGAUGACGAAGAAAGAAAAAGAAUGGCUGAAUGUGGUGAAGAAAGUGAAGAAUAUCACAAGUUCCUUCAACAGCCGUCGGGAAAUAUGGACGAUAGCGGAUAUUUCUCAGUUCAAGUUAUAAGUAGUGCGCUACAAGUUUGGGGGUUAGAAUUAGUGCCUUAUUCUAGUACCGAUGAAAGACUCGAUAGUAAUCCGAGUGAAAUGACUGCCUUUAUAUGCAAUUUUCGAGAUCACUGGUUUACAAUAAGGAAAAUUAGCAAUCACUGGUUUAACCUAAAUUCCCUUCUCUCGAGGCCAGAACUUAUAUCAGAUACUUAUUUAACGUUGUUUUUGGCACAGUUGAAAAAUGAUGGUUAUUCCAUAUUUGCUGUGCUAGGAGAAUUACCCGAAUGUACCGCCGAUGAAGUAUUAAGCAGUAGUAAAAAUAUCAUUACUUCCGAACCAAUGAAAAAUGUAUCAAAUGAAAGUGAUCCCGAUUUACAAGCAGCACUCCAGUUAAGUCUAGUAGACGAUAACGACAUUGUACCACAGGAAACGGAAGACAGUGAUCUACAGGAAGCGCUCAGGUUGAGUUUGCAAAGUAUCCAAACCAGUCCAGAAGAAGAGGACGAAGAAACUCUUUUACAGAAAGCUAUCAAUAUGAGUUUGCAGUGCUAGUGAAUGAUAUAUUUUUUUGUUAUUUGUUAUAAUUCUAACUCAGUUAUGUAUAUAUUUUAUCUAAUUUUAUAUAUAAAUAAAAAUAACUUUGUUUACAUUGGA